CCCGGCGCCGGACCCCCACACCGCCCCCCUGGCCCGGCUUCCAUCAACAUCGGCCACCCACAGCCGGGUGGGCCGAGCCUCAUUCAAAAAUCCGACCGUUAAAAAACGGCUAGUUUAUUAAAAAAAAAAAAUCAAUUUCCUUUUAAAUAAAUACCACAAUCCCAAUCCUUUUUUAAACCAAUUUCUCUCAUUCUACUCCCAUUCUUCUCCAUUUCUCAUCCUUUUUUAUAAAAAAACUCUAUAUUUUUUAUACCAUUCUCUCCCAAACAUGAAUCCAUUCAACCCAAACAACCCCAACCCGAACAACCCCAACCCGAAUAAUCCCAAUCCGAACCAACCUAAUUUUUUUUCUAGUCCCGCUUACACUCCGACUAUGGAUCCUUCGUGGGGGGCUUCGCAAUUUCCGUUUUCGGGUUUCCAACAAACACCCAACGCCUUCUCACAAAUGUCUCAACUACAACAAGUUCAACAAUAUCAAGCGCUCCAACAAAUCAUGCAACGCAACACGUUUGAACAACUACAAUCCCAAUCGCAACCCCCGGUUCAACUUGAAGAUGAUGAUGAAGAAGUCGUCCCCGAAUCACCACCGCAAGAGCUCACGCGCAAAAAAAAGAAAGGGAAGGGAAAGAUGGUUGAACCCGAAACCGCGCAAAAACCGAGAGCAAAGGGGAGGCAAUGGACGAAAGUAGAAGAGGAGGCGCUAGCUAUGGCGUAUACUAAGGCCUCUAAUUGCCCGAUAGUCGGAAACAACCAAACGGGUAGUAGUUUUUGGAAGAAGGCAACGCGAUUAUGGAGCAUGGGGAGGCUCGUGAUGUCGAAUCCGUCUCGGGCAAGUGGCGUAAAAUGAGCAAGGUCAUCAACAACUUUAACGCGAUUUAUAACCAAAUUUACCUUAAUCCUCCAAGCGGGAGUAACGAGGAAGAUAUUCUU